GUGGCAUUUGUUGAAAGGAAAUACAGCCCGUAGCCAUCAGUCCAGCGACUGCGUGAGGUUCAAGUGUUGAAAUAGGAUGCAAGGUAAUCCUUUUUAUUUACCCAACUUACUCCCACUGCUUUUUGCUACUACUGGGCGAUUCUAUACUUUAUUCCAGUGUCUGCUACUAUCGCUACACUUUCUAUUACAUCCCCUGUUGAAACUUCAACAACAGAUGGAUUCUCUGUUGGAUAUGUACCUGCAGAUCCCGGGAAAUAUACUGUUCUUGGCAAGACAUGCCUAAUACAUAUACUCUCUUGGCAAGCUUGGAUUGGUGGCACUGCUUCUAGCAUGUGAAAACGAGAGCAU